AUGGUGUCAGUUGACCAGGAAAAUGUCCCGCCUAGUUUUGGUCUCGGAGAUGCCCCACAAACACCGAGGAGAGGAAUAAAACGCAAUGCUUUCGCAUCACUACCGCUCAAUGCGCCCAAACGCGUCUUUCGCACAUACAAGCAACACGAUUCACAUGCGGUCGUUCCCUCCGUACCAGACUAUGAUGUGGUCCAUUCUUUGCUAGAUGAGAUCGAAUCUCUUGAUAUUGACUCAGGAACGCGUGAUCACAUCAUCGGAAUACACAAACAGUCUGUUGCUCAACCUGCACGUUCUGCACGUCGUUCGAUAUUCUCACGUGCUGAAUCACAUCGACCACGUCGCAUGAGGCCUGGCCACGUUCUUCAACAUAUAAGCCAACCUUUGAGCAGCAUCUCUAUCGAACAUAUGCGGCGAUUGCGCGUAGCUUUAGCCUCCGAGUCACCUGCUUGGCUUCAUGACUUUUUACAGGCAGGUGGAUAUGAAACGCUACUUGCACAUCUUGACUCACUCUUGCGCAUGGAAUGGCGUGAAGAGCAACAUGAUGAUACCCUUCUCUUUGAAAUUCUCCGAUGUAUGGUUGCACUCGGUUCUUCCCAGACUGGACGGCGCGCAUUGUUACGUCAUGCGCCCAUGCCAUUCGAACAUCUUUGUGUGGCAAUGUUUGAAGGGAAUAUUCCAAAAGAGCUCGAAACAAGACGUCUGAUCAUCGUUCUCCUGCACAUUCUUGCGCAAGAGCAAUUGCAUUCAGACGCACUCGCUCAACGAACCAUGCACAAGGUACGCGACGAAGAUGCCGCAUGCAUAGCACAUGCACCAGACAAAUGUCACGGAGCUAUUUUGGCUGCUAUGCUUCUGCAUACGCCGAGUCCACCUUCGAAACGCAACACGGUGGAUUUUCUUCAGAACGUGCAUGAGCACAGACCUUUGCGUUGUUAUGUGGAAGAAUUACAUCGUGUCUGCCAUGAUUUUUUCUGGAUCUUUUGUCAUGAACAUAAUCAGGUCUGGGACUGGGAUAAUAUGGAUCAACGCGCGGCCUUCGCACCUCGUGUUCCUAGUGGCAUGACAGGCAGUGUCGAAUGGGAAGCGAUCAUGUAUCUGACUACGCACCUUUGCUUUUUAAACACUAUUCUUUCUUUCUUUGUGCAAAAUGAUCCACCUGGUGCUAGGGCUUUUGUCUCGGAGCUCACCAAAUCAAACUUCCCAAAAGUGCUAAAUAUACUUCGCAAGGCAUCCCAGACAUACUAUUCUGCUUUGCAUGCCGAACUUGCACAUUGGCAUUCGCUUUCUGACCAGGUGCGAUAUGCAGAUCUGGCCAAUUUACGCCCGAUUACUUCAAAACCCAAACGUACUCCCUCGACAGAGUCCAAGACCUCUGUGCGAAAUGCGUCUAUUUAUUACACGCCUUUGAUGCCCUCAGAGCCGUGGAUGCCAAGACAGGGUGUCUCAAAUAUACGUCAUGUAAGUACGGAAAGUGAAUCUUUCCGUAUAUCCCCAAGCAUUCCAGAUGAGCCUCUUGAUGUUCACUCCGAUGUGGCUCAGCCGCUAAAUAUUUUAGGCGAUGUGGAGAUAGCCCAUGUUGGUUUCUAG